CGCCAUGGCUUGCACUGUAAUACAGAGAGCAGUCGUGGUAUAAAAACACCCAGCGUAAAUAGACCCCCGUUACGACGUCGAUGCGAGGAAAAUGUACUCCAAAUUACGAAUCCAGGGUUCCCUUUAAAUGGUAAUUGUCGAAGUACAUCGCUGCGCAUUUGAAGGAUUGAAUGCUCGAAGAUUAUAUUCGUGCGCGUUACGACGAAGGCUUUGAAGAUUACCCGGAAGUGGAAGACCGAGUCUUGUAUUUUUAUCGCACGCCGCUACCAAUGUACCCACGGGUGUUGCCAGUGCUGGCGCAGGAGCACACGAAAAGAACAGAAAAUAUUUUCAAGAAUCAUAUGAUAAAUAAGGAUUAUAUAGUGAACAAGUCACGUGGCAAGAGAACCUCCAAGGCUGGCUUGUCACAGCUCAUGCUGAGCAAACAUGAAGCGAGUCCUAUAAUGGAUUCCGGGCAUUUCUGUCCGUACGGCAAGUGAGGAGGAUUCGUCUGGUUAACCCACAAAUCAGGAACAGCAGAAUGCCAUACUAUAUAAAUAUUUAUUCGUUAACUCGUAAUCAACA